AUGGACACAACCGUGGAGCAAUUAUAUGGUUCAAAAGUCAGAAAAUACUUUGAAGUCCACAAUGUUGUUUACAAGAUCCUUACCCUUGAGACCACUGAAGAAACCAAGUCAAUGGAGCUCGUCCUGCAUAUCUUGGAAGAAGUCCACAAGUUUGGCCUUGACAGACGAACCGAACCAAUCAUUGCCAUUGGAGGAGGGGUAUGCUUGGACUCCGUGGGCCUAGCAGCAGCUUCACUUUACAGGCGCCGUACCCCAUACAUCCGAGUACCAACCACCCUUCUGUCCUAUGUUGAUGCCAGCGUGGGAGCUAAAAAUGGAGUCAACUUCUGCAACUGUAAGAACAAGUUAGGAACCUACACCCCACCAAUUGCCACAUUCCUCGACAGAUCUUUUAUCCAGACCAUUCCACGUCGCCACAUUUCUAAUGGCCUUGGGGAAAUUUUAAAGAUGGCUAUAAUGAAGCACAAGGGGCUGUUUGAACUGCUGGAGAAACAUGGCAAAUACCUCUUAGAUACAAAGUUCCAGUCCAGGAAUGGCCUUGCCUGCCAUGGUGAUGCUGCCCUAACAACCACAAGACUGGCCAUCCAGACUAUGCUGGAAGAACUUGCUCCAAACCUGUGGGAAGAUGAUCUGGAUAGAUUGGUAGACUAUGGACAUAUCAUAAGCCCGGAGCUAGAAAUGAAAGUGCUGCCAUCUCUCAUGCAUGGGGAGGCGGUGAACAUUGACAUGGCAUUUAUGACUUAUGUGUCACAUGACAUUGGGUUGAUCACAUCGGAGGAGAAGAAUCGCAUGGUGCAGUGUAUGAGGAACCUGGAGCUGCCGGUCUGGCACAAAGGCUGCUCUCUCCAGCUAAUAAAGAAAGCCUUGGCUGAGAGAUUCAAGCACAGCGGGGGAAAACUUCGCCUUCCGCUACCCACUGGGUUGGGAACUGCAGGUAUGUCAUAG